AUGACCUCCCCAUUCAUAAGGCAUUCUCAGCGAUGCCUUCAUCUCGCCCCGCCGUUUCUGCUCGACGACUACACGCCAAGGUAUCUUAGGCUGUCCUCUAGAGAUGCGGCCAGGAAGCGGUCGCUGGCCUACGCCCACCUCCGCAACUGCAAUCUGUGCCCCAGACAAUGCGGCGUCAAUCGCAACGAGACCACUGGCAUGUGCCUCAUUGGCGAUACGGCCAAGGUCAAUGUCAUAGCGCCGCAUUUUGGUGAAGAGCCAUGUAUCCAGGGGCACAAUGGUAGUGGCGCGGUAUUCAUGAGUGGAUGCAACAUGCGCUGCAUCUUCUGCCAGAACUAUGACAUUGCCCACCAGCGAAACGGCAUGGAUCUCACCCCAGAGGCGCUGGGCGACUGGUAUCUGAAGCUUCAGGAGGUAGGCGGCGUCCACAACAUCAACAUUGUGACGCCCGAGCACGUGGUGCCUCAGGUGGCGUUAAGUGUUUUGCAUGCCGCUGAGCGAGGGCUAAGAGUACCGAUUAUCUACAACACCUCAAGCUACGACUCGCUUGCGUCUCUGGAACUCAUGGAUGGACUGGUCGACAUCUAUCUGGCCGAUUUUAAAGUAUGGGAGUCCAGCACAUCCAAAAGAUUGCUCAAAGCAGAUGACUACGCUGCAACUGCCAGGGAGAGCAUCAAAGCCAUGCAUAAGCAAGUGGGCGAUCUGUGCUUUACAGGAGAUGGAAUUGCGAAAGUAGGACUCCUGAUUAGGCAUUUGGUCAUGCCAGGAAAAGAGGCCGAAGGGGCAGAAAUCAUGAAGUUUCUAGCAUCCGAGGUAUCCACUGACUGCUUUGUCAACAUCAUGGAGCAGUAUCAUCCAGACGCGCAUGUUGGCAAGAAGAGAAGAAAGAGACGAGCAUCGUCUGUGGCUGAAGACAAGCUGGCAGAAGGAGACAAAGAAGGAGACGAAGAAGUUCGAUACAGCGACAUCAAUCGAUCUGUGACGAGUGAAGAGAUCUCGUCGGUGCGCGAAGCGGCUAUGCAGGCUGGUCUUUGGCGCUUCUGCGAUCCUCCGAAACACGACGGUUUCGCUAUCUGA